UCUCUCUCCUUAUAUAUAAGUACCCACUACCCCAUUAAUCCACAAACCCUUGUAUGUACACACUGCUUCCUCUCUACCAUUCCUCUUUUUCUAUACAUAUAUCUCAAAGAGGAGUUGUGAAGUCCAAUUCUCCUUUCAAAAUUUUAAUUUUUCAAAGAGAUGGAAGCAAUGAAGAUGAAGCUCUUUGUUGUUUUGAUGGUUGUGUUGAUGGCUUUCUCCACCAUGCAAAUGGCUGCAGCUGCUGAAGCACCAGCACCAAGCCCAACUUCUGAUGCCUCUGUUUUUGUUCCCACAUUCUUUGCAUCUUUGGCUGCUUUUGCUUUCGGGUUCUUCUUUUGAACCUUAUAUGCAGUAGUAUGAUUUGAUUUUAUUUUUUGUUUCUCAUUCCUCUUUCUACCCAUCUCUCUCUCUUUCUCUCUCUCUCUCUCUCUCUCUCUCUCUCUAGUUUCACAUAUCUAUCUCCCAAUUUUCUUGCUUUCCUCUUCUUUAUCCAUCUUUUUGGGUCCUGCAUAGAUGUGGAGGAAGAGAUUGAAGAAAUGGGUAGGGAUUGUUUAGAAUUUAUGUUGAUGAUGAUCAUUGUUGAUGUACUUUGUGGUGUGUGAUUGAUGUAUUUGGUGUCAUUUUGUACUAUAUUAAUGACCUAAUUACUUGUAUAAUUCUUAUGCCAAUUUUAUUAUUUUUUAAGAGGAUGUGGGAUUAGAGAAUUAGGCUAAUAAAUCUUGGUUUACUUGAGUGAUCCACUUGUAAUAUUUAUUUUGGCUUGAUGAGCUACUCUCACUUGUAUUUGUGAUUUAUUCUAGCAAUAAAUCUUGUGAUUUAUCCUUCUUAA